CCGGAAAUGGUUUUGCUUGUCCCCCAUCUGGCUGGAUCAGUACAGCCACUCCGACACCUGUAACCUCUCCAGUUUGUUGGACAAAGUCAGCCUCAGCCACUGAGGUCACCAGGUGUGAGUGUGUGUAUGUGUGGGUUGGUGAGGAGUGUGUCUGUGUGUGUGUUUGUUGAGAGUGUUUUAGGGUGAUGUACUGUGCCUAUCAAGACCGUGAGGAGUUGGAGGAUGAUCUAUACCAAGAGGAUGAUGGAGACUCUGACGGGUCAGAGGCCAGAAGCGAGCUGGAGUUCCAACUCUACAGCCAGCUCCAUUACUCCUCUAAUGCUGGGGAGCUGGAGGAGCAGGAGGGCAGAGGUGACAAGGCGGAGGGCCAGGACAGCCAGCAGCCAGAGGUGACGGAGAAGACUGUGGAUGCUGAUGGAGAACUGGAGCACACUGGAGAAAGUAGGCCUCCUUCACCUAAUAUGAGCAAGCUACUGCAAUGCUCAAAGAAGAAGAAGGGGGAGAAAAGUGAUAAGCACAAGAAGGGGAAAAGUGAUCCUAAAGGUCAGAGGUCGAGGUCAUCGCUUUUUGAGGAGGUCAUUGUGAUUGACUCCGGCCCUGAUGUUAUCUCCAUCUCUGAGGAUGACACUACAGAUGAUGAAGGGGUCUGUGCCUUAAAGGGUGGAGGCUUACACCGGCUGCAGACUUCCACCCCAGCACAACAGGGAGACCAGAAGAGGAAGAGGAAUCUCAGUUUGCCGGUGACCGUGGACUCCAGCAGCUCAGAAUCUGAUUCAGAUGAGUCGGAAUCCAAAUCUGAGUCUGAUUCUUCUGAUUCCUCCGAUUCUUCUGAUUCAGCCGAUUCAGACGGUCUGGAGAACUGGAUGAUCCUGGGCCGAGGGAAGCAGGAUGGAGACCAGUCCAUUUCACUUAAUGUGGAGGGAGGGUCUGACAGCAAUGCAGAUGCUGAAGAAGAAGAGGGCGGCUGGUUGGUUUCUGACAAGGAUAAGGAGGCUCAGAUCUAUAACAAAGACAAGGGUGCCAGGAUAGGGAUGCAACGGGUGUCAAACAGAUACUAUACUGGCAAGAAUGUCCAGUGUAGAAACUGCAACAAGACCGGACAUCUCUCCAAAAACUGCCCCGAGCCCAAAAAGUUGUCGUCCUGCUUCCUUUGUGGCACGCCAGGCCACCUGGUCAGUGAAUGUCCCAAUAAGCAUUGCAACAACUGCGGCCUGCCUGGUCACCUGUACGAGUCCUGCAGUGAGAGGGCCUACUGGCACAAACAGUGUCAUCGUUGCAGCAUGACAGGACACUUCUUCGACGCUUGCCCAGAGAUCUGGAGACAGUACCACAUGACAACUAAGGUGGGUCCUCCGGUGAAGCAGCACGGAAAGGACAACGGUCGAUCUCCCUCCUACUGCUACAACUGCUCCAGGAAAGGACACUUUGGCCAUGCGUGUACGCGGCAGAGGAUGUUCAGUGGGGUGUUUGCCAGCAUCCCGUUCAUCAACCACUAUGACACUGUGGAGGACAUCAAUCGCAGACAACACAGGAUAAAGCUGAAGGUCAAAGAACUGAAGAAAAAUGGCUAUUUGCCCACCACCUCUCAGACUCCUGCCACUCCAGGACCGCCAAAGAAGAAACAGAAAAUCAGCCAUCACAAACACAACCACCAACCUGACCGUACACCUCACCAAACCCCCAACAACCACAAACCCAGUCCCAGCCAUAUUUUUUUUAGUGACAGUGACGUUAGGUACUCAACACCCAAAGCAAAUAGGUUCAACAAGUACAAACAAGAGGAAAGCACAGGCAAUGUGAAACCGUGGAAAGCCAAGAGGCCAGUGCCCACCUCAAGAGACCCGCUCCCGCGAACUAAACUAAUUUUGGAUGAGGCAGAUGACUUUCCCAGAGGGGGAGGCAAAGGGGAGAACAUAGAGCAGAAGAAAAAAAAGAGGAGAAGGGUGAAGAAAGCAAAGGAAGCACCGCCAGAGGGACACAGAGACAGCAGACCAGACCGUCUCUGUUGGACUGUAACUGGUGUGAUGCAAGGGUCAGAGUCAAAGCAGGAGAAAGGAGAGAAGAGGAGGAAGAGGAGAAAUCGAGCGUGGAGGAUUGCUGAUAAAAAUCGCGCAGCAGCGAUGUACCCAACGGAUGAGAACCUGUUUAUCAUCAAACAGAGGAAACGCAACAGAUAGCAUCAGUUUGUGUGAGGUGUGGGUGUCAAGAGGCUGUCAGGGUUGUGGUCUUUAUGAGCUGUGGUUACACGUUCAUGACAGACAUGACUCGGGUCUCACAGCAAAAGUCAGCAGUUCUGCUUUGGGGGUACAUAGGCCUUUUUUUUCACAGUGCACAUUUUGACAGGUCACAGCAGGAAAAGCACAGAUUUAGAUGAUAAAAUCAAUGAUGACUUGGCGGCUUCAGUUCCAGGGUCCUGGUGUUGUGCAUGCUGGCUCACAGUCACACUGCCAUGACUUUCUGGGACACAUGAAUAGAAUUGAGACAUUGUUAAGGGCAGGUUUUUCAAAUGUGUCUUAAAACAAUAGCCAGGUGUCUGUGUGAGCAUGAAGUAAUAUGAGGUUUCAGCGUUCUGAAUUAGACAAAAUGGAUGGUGGAUGUCUUUCAAAGUUGCAAACUUUUUAGUACAAAACUUCUUUCUGUUACAGGCUUUCCACUGCAGAUGAACAGGGAAACACUGGCCGGGGAUUUGUCUGAGAAGAUUCUCAGUCAUCCAGCUCAGGGUAUUUGUAAAUGCUACACAAAGGCAAGUGUUCUUGAUGACAAGAACGAAAAUGUUGUCAAGAACCGGAUGCAAGUCCAGUUGCCCUGGUGUAGCACUUAGAAAUUGCCCAUUAAAACAAAAAAGGAAGGAAAUUUGUGCCGAAAUGGCAGUAACUUUGGAAGAUAUUUAAGUAAUUUGUGUAAUUAGAUACGUACUAUUGUUUUAAGUCAUACUUGAAAAAUAGUGAACCUAUCCUUUAAUGUUAUUAGUUAUAUCUGUGCUUUUCUUACUUGUACAAGUCAAUUUGUAACAUGAAAAAGGCCUGGUGUGUUUCAUAUUGUUCUCUGAGCUGCCUUUUCACAGUUUCACUCUGUGGUCAGUGAGAAUUACUGCCCCUUUUUAAAUGGAGGCAUCAACAUUUCUGAAUCAUUUUAGUUGCUAAUAAUAUAUUCAGAGAUGGACAUUUUAGAGCCUCCCGGUUAGCUCAGCUGGUAGAGCACGAGACUCUGAGAUCUGGACCCAGAUAAGUGGCAGAUGAUAAUGACAUGACAUGGACAUUUUAGUAUGAAAAAGUUAAGAGUUCAUACAGUUAGUUCAAUAUUAAUUUUCUUUGGCAACACGUCAUUUCCACUGUGCAUUCUCAAUUAAACAGAAUGACUUGCAUUUCUAAUAGACGUCGUUGCAAACACCCACAGUGUUCACAGUAGAUUAUUUAAUAGGUAAUGUUAGAAUAAAUCUGCUGUAGUCAUUGUCAUUGUAUUCCUUCAUUUCCUUGUUCAUGUUCAUUUCUGCACAUUGAAAAUUUGAAUUAAAAACAGACUGCUUCUUAAAGUACAAUAAGAGAAUUUCCUGGUGCCUCUGCUCUGAACAUAAUUUUAAAGUUGUUGCUGCUGUUUAAACCAAAGGAUGGUGAAUUUUUAAAACUGCUCUUGUAAUAUGGUCAUUUUUCAUUAAGAACUGAAGGAUGUGCUUUUUUCUGUAACUCAUUAAUUUGUAAAUUAUCUGAAUAUAUGAACAUACUGUACAUAUGUUUAUUACAUCUGUUUGAUGCAAAUCUGCAGAUAGUCACUUCAGCAGUUCUUGUGUGAUCUGGAUAGCAUGCAUCACUGACAAUAUUAACUUUUAACCAUCCACUAUUUAAAUUCAGUUAUUUUUCGUAUUUGUUGUGGUUAUAACAUGAUUAAACAUUAAUAACAGACAAUGAAAGAACAUAAGACAGAACCUUGAUAACAUGGAUACUGGUUACCCAAAGCCUCUGGGGGGUAAAAAAAUAAAACUUAAAUCUGCUCUGAGUAAGAGAAA